CUCGUCAACGUCAUCAAAAGUCUCAACGGGUGGUCUCGCUAUUGCUGUGGUGGAAUUAACGAAGCAGAACCUGAUUAGUGCAUAUCCUGCUAUAGACUUAAAAUCGAAGUUGCUGUUUAAGGUCACCCAAGUCUGUGCCGCAGAUGAAGAUGAGCAGAAAAAUCUCUGCUUAUGCAACUGAUCUGAAUCGUAGAAGACAGAUUGCUUCUCCUGAAAUCAGUUAUUAUGUUCGACCACUCUGUUCGGAUUUCCACCGUUCCAGUGGCAAUGAUCAACUCUUUUCAUCUGAGCCGCCAAGAUUAGAUUUCAGUUAUGUUAGAGAACUAGAUGAUGCUAUUCACUUGUUUCAGCAAAUGAUGAGAAUGCAUCCACAGCCUUCUGUUUGCAUGUAUAACAAUCUGUUGAGUGUUAUUGCAAAAAUGAAGCAGUAUCCCUUUGCCCUCUACGUGUUUGAUGAAAUGCGUCGAAUAGGUGUCCCUGUGAAUAGCUACACGAUGAAUAUUACGAUUAACUGUUAUUGCCUUCAGAAAUGUGUGAGUUUUGGUUUCUCUGUAAUGGGCAUCUUCUUCAAGAGCGGUUACGAACCGGAUGCCACAACUUUCAACACACUUAUUAGAGGGCUGGUUUUAGAUAAUAAAGUCUCUGAUGCCAUGAAAUUGUUUGAAAAGAUAUUGAAUUGUAGAAUGCACGAGCCUGAUGAUAUAACGAUUUUGACUGUCAUAGAUGGGCUUUGCAAAUCUGGGCAUGUUCUCCUUGCCCAUGAUUUGCUUCGUAUACUAGAAGAGAAAACAGGAUUGAGACCCAAUGUUAGGGCAUAUAAUGCAAUACUUGAUAGCUUAUGCAAGUGUGGAAUGGUCAAUGAUGCUUUGCAGCUCCUGUCCAAGAUGGUAGGAAAUGGUGUUACACCUACUAUAUUCUCGUAUAAUUCAAUGAUUCAGGGCUUGUGUGACACUGGUAGACUGCAGGAUGUUCAAGACUUGUUGAAUCAAAUGGCUGAUUCUGAUAUCUCUUUGGAUGUCAUUACUUUUAGUAUAUUAAUCCAUGCAUUUUGCAAACAAGGGAAGGUGAGAGAGGCCGAGGCUUUGUUGGAAACUAUGCAGCAACAUAAUAUUUUUCCUGAUGUUGUUGCUUAUAGUACCCUAAUAGAUGGUUACUGUUUGCGAGGGCAGAUUGAUAAAGCAAAACAAUUAUUUGAUUCUCUAGCAGACAGGGACCUCAAGCCAGAUAUUGUGUGCUAUAACAGCUUAAUAAAUGGAUUUUGCAAAAAGGGAAGAGUGGAUGAAGCUGGGCUUCUUUUCCUUGAAGUUUCUCGUAAAGGUUUGAAGCAUAAUACUUUUACUUAUAGUACCAUGAUACAUGGACUAUUUAGUAAUGAUAGAUUUACUGAUGGAUGGAAGCUUUUCAAGGAUAUGAAGGACCACCUAGCAAGUCCCAAUCUGAUUACUUAUAAUAUACUAUUGCAUGGGCUAUGUAGGAAUGGGGAGAUUGAUGAAGCUUUUUCAUUGCUGCGCAUGAUUGAAGCGAAUGGAAUCACUCCUGAUAUAGCCUCGUAUGCUACUCUUAUCAAUGGAUUAUGCAUGCAUGGAGAACUUGAUAUUGCAAGGAAUCUUUUUGACCAACUUAAGCCUCAUAUCAAGUUCUAUAACAGCUUAAUACGUGGAUACUGCAAGAAGGGAAGAGUUGAUGAGGCUUGGUUUCUUUUCCUUGAAGUCCCUUUUGUAGGUUUGGAGCAGAAUACACAUACUUAUAAUGCCAUGAUACAUGGAUUCCUUAGUAAAGAUAGAUUUGUUGAUGCGUGGAAGCUUUUUAAAGAUAUGGAAGCUCGACGAGUAAGACCUAACAUCUUCACUUAUAAUAUUUUAUUGGAUGGGUUGUGCCGAAAUGGAGAGAUUGAUGAAGCUGUUUCGUUAGUGCAUAAGAUCGGAGAGAGAGGAUUUGAUCCUGAUUUAGUCUCAUAUGGUACUCUUAUCAACGGAUUAUGUAAAAAUGGAAAAUGUGAUGCUGCUAUAGAUCUUCUCAACCAACUUAAUUCUACCGGCCCACAACCUGAUGUUCGAAUGUAUACAAUGAUCAUUGGCUCACUUUGUCAAAAGGGGUCAAUGGAGGAAGCAAAACGUUUGCUUGUAGAGAUGGAGAACCGCGGUUUUGCACCCGAUAGUGUAACACACAAUGUUAUUUUACAUGGUUUGCUAAAGAAAAAUUGACCCUUACGCCAUUCAUCUCAUCGGCCACAUCCACGUCAAUGACAUUAAUAGUGCAACUGUGCAAGGUUCUUAUGGUAGAAGAUACCGUUGGCAGUGAAAGAGAGCCAUCCAGAAGUAUCAGCUGCGAGGAAGAUUGGGCAUAGGCUAUUCGUGAGUUUAUCUGGUCCACAUUGUCUGGGAAUCAUGGUAGCUUUCUCCGAUUAACUAUACCUUCGAGAAGGGUCCUGUAAGUCUUCGCUUUCGUGGAGAACAUGCUUUGCGACGUUAUCCAACUGGGAGGAGAGUUGCAUUGCUUGUGAACUAUGUGAAACUAUCUGCACUGCUCAAGCAAACACCAUUGAAGCUGAUGCGCGUGAAGAUGGGAGAAGAAGGACAACUAGGUUAUUGAGAUCACCUCGAAUAUAUUAUACUGUGGUUUCUGCCAAGAAGCAUGCCCAGUCGAUGAAUUCGCUACUGAGACUCACGAGGUUGCUACCAAUAUCUGCAUCUAUGCUAUAUUAGUGUCAACGGAGGAAAUGCAUACAACAACUUCAAAUUUUGCACGUCAUAGGGACUUCUCUACGACAAGGAGAAGCUGCUAGAAAAUGGUGACCGGUGGGAAACUGAGAUUGCGGAGAAACCUCUGUUCCGAUUUCUGAAAACCUAUACUGAUAAGGAGUGGAUCGGCCUCAACACCUGCAAAAAACGUGGAGUUUGAUCUCUUUUAAUUUCUGAAACGUUUGAAUAAAGGGAUAAUUUUGUUUAUGCUCACUCCCCUUUCAUUGUAGCCUGAUUCUUGAUAUCUUUUUUUCACGAGAAAGCCAAGAAAACAAAGUAUUUAUACAGUUGAUUUGUUUUUAUGAUCUUA